AUGGAAAAGUUAGAAGAAGAAGAGCAUUUGGUGCGUCUUGAAGACUUUCUGAACUAUUGUUGGUUUCAAAAAAUCUCUGGCUUGAUACCCUUCUACUGGGCUCGGGAUCCAACGAAUCCGCGACGUUUGAUUAACUCAACUCAGAUGGGCUUCUUGAGAUUGGGCAUCCUAAGUGUGGCGUAUUUCUUUUUCAAUGGCUUUGGUUUCCUUAUUACAUCAUAUUUGGGAGUGCCAUCCAAUCAGAAUCCACCAAUCUUUAGCAUCAGCCUCUAUUUCAAUCUCAGAGGAUUGUCGCUAUAUCUGAAACGUAAUCAUAUAGUACGUUUUAUAUGUGCCUUGGAUAGAGAAUCUGCUCAGAAUCUAAGCGAGCAAGAGGAACUACAGCUCAAGGAGGUAUAUGAUACCUAUAGGAAGCGUUAUCUAAUUGUGUCAACUUAUAGCCACGCCUCUCUAGUGUUUUUCUGUUGCCUACCAUUGGGAUUCUAUUUUCUUACCAAUGAAGGACCCGAUGACUAUAUUACUUUGGAUCAACAGUUGCUGGCCGGUUGGUUGCCCUUCAAUAUGCGACAGAAUCAUCAUCUCUAUAUGCUGUGCUGGACCUAUGACAUGUUGUGCACAGUCUGUGGCAUUUCGUUCUUCAUCAGCUUCGACAUGCUCUUCUAUGUGAUGCAGCGGCAACUGAUAAUGCAUUUUGACACUCUGACCCGUCAGAUAACCGCCAUCGAUGCCAGGGAUAGUCUGGUUUUGGAUGAAGAGGAUUUUGUUUUCUAUGCCAAAAUAUAUCGUUUGGCCUCGCGUCAUCAGCACUUGAAUGAUUUGUGUGGCAUGUACAAUGAAAUCUUUAAAGCAGCCCUCUUGAUUGGAAAUUUCGUAUGUGCCACUUCCAUUUGCUUGCAUUUGUAUCUCAUAACAGAGACAACGGAUUUAUUCAAAAUAUUUCAAUUUCUUUUCCCCACUCUGGCUCUAUUGGGAUUCACUUUCGAUCUGUGUCUACGUGGAACUCAAUUGGAAGAGGCGUCUGGCCGCCUUCAAACGGCUUUGUAUAAUCAAAAUUGGUAUAUGGGAAGUCGAAAGUAUCGGAAAUUGAUGAUACUCUGGCUGCAAUUUGCUCAAUGUACACAAAAACUGGAUGCCUACGGAUUGAUACAGGUUAAUAUUGUGCAUUUUACAGAUCUACUUCAAUUGGCUUAUAGACUUUUUACAUUUCUCAAAUCGCAAUAG